AUGGCCUUCAAAUACGUCGCUCUUGCAGGUGCUACCGGUAGCCUCGGCUCUGUACUCCUUAACGCGCUGGUAUCCAACGGUAAUUUUCAGAUUACCGUACUGCGCCGUAAUGACAACAAUGCGCUUCCCGUGGGUGUCAAAUCACAAGUUGUCGAUUUCGAUUCAUCCAACGCUCUGAUUACUGCGAUGAAGGGCCAAGAUGUUUUGAUUGAUGCAACCUCGACACUGGAUGCCCGACUUUCCAUUCGACUUAUGGAAGCUGCUGCUGCCGCCGGCGUGAAGCGAAUCAUCGCCUCUGAGUUCAGUGCCGACCCCACCAAUGUCAAAACACGAUCUUUGCCAGUGUUCAAGGGCAAAGCCGAGGCGCACGAACAUUUGAAAGCCCUGGCAGCAGAUGGUAGAAUCACCUACACAGCUAUCUCGAACAAUGCGUUCCUAGAUUGGAAGCUUAGGAUCGGGCUCAUGAACAUUGACCUUGCCAACAAAAAAGUCAACCUGAUGAAUGACGGCAAUGUCAAAUUCUACUGGACCCUUCUUUCUUCGGUUGCUGAUGCCGUCAUAAACUCUCUACUACGAUCGGAAGAGACGAAGAAUCGCAUUUGCUACAUCUUCAACACAUACAAGAGCCAAGCAGAGAUGGCAGACCUCGCCAAAGAAGCCUUAGGCCAUGAAGGUUGGCAGAUCACCCAAACCGAUACGGAGAAAGCUUUUCUAGAAGCUUCAAAGAACUGGGAUGCUGGAAAUAUCUCUUUCCAGGUUAUAGGCGACAUGAUUCGUUAUGCAAACUCCACUCCGGAGUACAGCCCCAAGCUUAAGACUGAUCAUAAUGAACUUCUGGGCGUCCAGGAACUCACCGACUUUGACAUCCGGCAGCUCAUGAAGGAGAUUGCUGGCGAGCUUAGAAAGGCUUAG